CUGCAGCUUGUCUCCGAUCCAAUACCCCUUCUCUCACUCCUUUGUUUUGUGGCUGCCACUCCCCCGGGAGUGUGUGGUGUCGGGUGUCACAGGUGCUUGUCACUUCGUAACACUCAUCCCCCCCUUUUGUGUGUGUAGUUCUCGAACUCACACACUGGCAAUUUGGAAUUGCCGUCUUCUUUCAAACUUCUCUAUCUUCACCGAUAGAAACUAGUUGGUCACCACGCCAGCUCAUCCCCGCGCAGGUCUUCACUGACUCUGGGCACCACCAAUCGCGCAGGUCUUCACUGACUCUGGGCACCACCAGUCGCACAGAUCUUCACUGAUUCUGGGCACCAGCCGCGCAGGUCUUCACUGACUCUGUGCCACUCCAUCUCGCCGAGGCUCCUCGACAUUCCCCCUUGCUUGUUAAGCACACGCUUCACAAGCCAAAUGGAUCCUUUCUCGUUUGUCUUCCCGUGCUCUGGGCCAAGGACGCCAGCCUUGGACGUGAACGGCGAGCCUCUGUGGAAGCUCUACAAGAUCGAGGACAAGUACACCCACAACGGGCAGCUUGUCUAUGGGAUCAUGUACUACGAGGAAAAGCCGAGGAGGAUGUAUGCGGUCAGUACCUCCGGGGUGGAGCUGAAGUACCCUGGUGAGGUGCAAACGUGGGAGAAGCAGUUCGGCAAGGCAUGGGAGCGGAGACACGGAGCAAGAGGUUCCAAGAUGGGCAACCCUUGGAUGUCUGGAGCCAAGCCUCCUUCGACUCCGGCCGGCAAUCGAAGAAGCGGCAGCGCAGCCUCCGAGAAGCGCAGCUUUCACGACACACCCGGCAAAGCCAAGCAGGAGCCUCAGGAGGGGAAGAAGAAGACGAAUAAAGAUGAGGAUCCUUAUGCCAUCAACGACAUUCCAAUGGGCGACGAUGAGGAUCUCAGCGACGCCAUACCCGAAGACGAUGAGGAUGUGUUCAGCAACACAGGAACAACUGCGAAGUCCUCGAGAUCCAAACCCGGUCCAAUGGCACCUCCCCCAAGACCGCUGCCAAAGUUCAAGACGCUCUUGCCCGCAACCUCGGCUGCAUUGGUUGAUGAUGAUGACGAUAUCAAAGACUCUCCGACGCGUCCAUCCGUCGGAAAUUCACGCAAGUCAGCAACCUCGAUCAUGCCCAACAGUCCAACGAAAGGGGCAUCAAAUUUAUUGCCGAUCCCGAUUCGCGCUACUGCCACGUCCCAAGUGGGACAGACAACCUCUACACCGAGUCUUGGUCCUUCAAGCGUUGGCCCAAGAAGUAUGGCACCGCCUCCUACAUCUUCAAGUGUUGCUUCGAUGUCAGGUGCCCGAGGUCGAGGAGGUAGAUUUCCAGUCAGCGGAUCGAACAUUCCGGUUCUCCAAUCCCGUCCCGGAGUAGCACCGACUCAAGUGAGCGCGAAUAGCACCUCGAUCCAGCAAAGUUCAACAAAUAGCCAGGCUCUCCCUUCAAGGAAUUCCGGUGCACAACGAUCGACGGCGGUUCCUUCAAGUCUCGGACGGGUGGGACCGAGUGCUCCUCUCGCGGCAUCUUCAAGACCUCAGGCGAUGAUCCCCGCUCGUCGAACAUCACCCAUUCCUGCUUCGAACGUGGCACCGAUUGCAGCAGCAGCAACAUGUACAGAGUCCGAUUCGGACGAAGAGCCUCUGCUUCGACGACGGUCCCGCAAGAGUACUAGUCUCGAUGUACCUUCCGCUCCAGCUGCAGCAGGACCCAAUGCUCGACAUUCCAACUCGGACGAUGACAGCACUCAAGAUGAAGGCAACGCUUCAGGACAGGACGCAAACCGCUCUGGCAAUGGAAAGGGGGAUUCAGAUCAAGAAAUGGACGAUGCCGGCCUGGACACAAUACAACCCCCCGAAGAGGCUACUCCUGGCCAAAUUGGAACUGGUGAGUCUGAGGAAUCUCCUGCUGAUGCCCCAACAGAUGCUACUGAAAUCCGCGACUCGGACGAGGAAGACGAUAAAUCGAUCGAAAAUCUCAUCGACGUGGAUGGAAUGCUCGAAGGCGUCAACCAAUUGGCAGAAGCUGCGUAUGCAGAGUCACAGAUGGAGAUGCAGGAAGAGGCAAACGAGGACAACAGCGAAGAUGAAGACGAAGAACCUCCAGUAACUCAGGCACGCUUGGACGAUGGCACCCUGGUGUACGACGCCUAUUCCGAAAAGCUCAUUCGAGCUCACGACCAGAGUCUGCAUGCCCUAGUUCGGAUUGUCAUGGAUCUUGACGGUAUGCCGUGCGAUAGAUGGGUCAAGAAUAGAAAGGACAGCAAGGUAUGCGACUACAAGGAUCUCAGAUUCGUCCUCUGGGUCAUGAUGAUAGGCUGGGAUCCUCUGAUUCUGAAGCAUCUCGUUCAUGGCGACAUUCCCUCUCAAAAUCAGAAAGGUGGAGAGUUAUCCAAGAAGCUCAGAGCCUUGAAAAACCUGCCGAAGAAUAUUGAGACCCCGUCGAUUUACAUGCAAUACCUUGUUGAUCUGGAUGGAAACGCGCCCCCUCAGAAAGAUCUCUUGAAGAUCUUGGAUUACGCGGAGGAUUAUGUCCAAGGUUUGAACGAUCCGAGCAACAAGACGUCUCAUGCCCUGGCUUUGAUAGUGGACCAGGCACUCCCAUCCAAAGUAUGGAACCGAGAAAAGGCAAUGAGAGGAGAGAGACGCUACAUCGAAGGACGAACUCAAGCGAGGAAGUGCAAUGCCUGGAUUGCAGCAGCACGACAGUGCCUGGAAGGUCUCUCCCCAGAUGAAUCCCCAGCUCGACCGUGGGCAGAAUGCGGGUAUGCCACGCAUCCAAACGAGCGCCUUGAUCAACAUGCCAAGCACACUAGCUCGAACUACUUGAUGAACUUGACGGAUGCUAUCUGCAAGACCAAGUUUCAAGGUAAGUAUACUAUUUCCCAGUUUGUUGUACACCAGAUUAUCCACUACACACAUGCAAUGUACGGUGAGGUACUGGCAAGCCGAAUUGGUUUGGUGUAUACUAAUCAAGGGGGCGGAUUUUGCCAUUUCCAGGCAGGAGUCAGUCACGCGAGCGUGUCCAAAACAGAUACAGGACACUUCUCCAGGAAACAAACGCUAAUGUCGAACAAUAAGGAUUUCCUUCUGAGAACCAACGAGGAGUUUUGCAGGAUGCAAGAGAGGACUGAACUUCUCAAUGCGUACGCAGAUCAGGUUGAGAGCCAGCUGGACGGUAUUGGAGAAUUGUAUGCUAUAGCUCAGGUGACUGAAGAAUGGGUGACGGCCUUGGAGGAGAGGGAGAAGAAAUGUGUAGCGGCAGUCAGAGAGACCGACCCUCUGUUAGCAUUUUUGGAGUUCUCUUCCAAGCUCAAAGGAGCAGACGAUUAGCUGGGAGAGCCGAGGAUUUUGGAGUUGUUUCUUGUGGAUGUAAUUAUAUGUACAGUAGUGGAAAUCAAAACAAUCCUCAAACUCCA